AUGACAUCAUUGCUUCUCUUCCCGGCUGCAGCCGUCAUUAUCUACAGAGUACGGACUCAUCCCAUCCAAAACAACCGAUAG